AUGUGUGUACAGACUCUGUGCCAUACUGCAAGAGAUGGGACAGAGGUUGCCGAAUGCAUUGGAAGAAAGCAGGAGCUGGCCCUUGUGUACAUGGAGGUGUCAGUCAAGACGUCCAAUGUCAGGAGGCACCACCGAGUUGAGAGGCUCUGCCUGGCUGCAUGUGUACCACUGUGGGACUGGCAAGGGCUGUGUUUCCUGUUGAAGUUGAGAGUGAACUGUGUAGCAGGUGUUAUACAUGAGAUGCAGUUGGACUGCGAAUUUUUGUGGCAGGCACUUUGUGUGCUGUCCAAUCCUGCAAUCAUAUCAGUAGGCACAGGCUGA